AUGCUAUCCAGACAAUCGGGACGUCUUAUCAGGGCGGUUGCGGCCUCGGGCGCCAGAGGCUGCGUCUCGCCAGCCAGAUUCUACUCUGCACACCACGGCGAGGAGCACGGACACGAAGAACACGGGCACGACGAACAUGGUCACGACGACCACUCCAUGCCGCUCUCGGAAAGCGAGUCGAUCUUCAACUCCCACACGGCCACCGCAGCAGGUAUCGUGGCGCUGAUUGCGGGCUACGCCGCAAUCAACUCCUCGUACAAGGAGUCGCACGACGGCGCCACCUUGCUCUCCCUGCUCAAGGCACCUGCGGUCUUAGAGGAGCUACAGGCAAACUACUCGUCGUACAGAGAGAGGGUCCAGCACCAGAAGGAGAUCCAGGAGAUGAUGAUGUUCCCCGGCGAAAGAAGAACGUACGACAACCUGGUGACCUCCAUCGACGCCGUCCCGGGCAGAUACUUCCCAUCGGGGUCCAACACGCAGUUCAACACCGUUGCAGACCACGACGCCCUGGCCCCAAGAAAGACGAAAGAGUCGCCGUUCUACUGA